AUGCCUCAUCUUGCAGCUCAAGUCCCCGCCGCCAAGGCUCCCCUAGAGAUCCGGGAGAUCGAAACUCCCCAACCCGGUCCCCAUGAGAUCCUCGUCAGAAACCAGAUCAUUGCCAUCCAGCCUAUUGAUGCCAAAAUCGCAAAGGUUGCAAUGCUUCCACUCUCAUACCCCACUAUUCUGGGUAGCUCAUUCGCUGGGAUCGUUGACAAGGUCGGAUCCAAAGUCACGGGCUUCCAAGUUGGUGACAAGGUGGUCGGCAUGAAGACUGCAGGUGCCCAGGAAACCAAGUACAGUGCUUACCAAGAGUAUUCAAUCUCACCAGAGGUUACCACCACCAAAGUCUCAGACGAUGAUACUCUUGACCUUGCGGUUCGUCUUGUCGGUAACCUCCCCACUCUUCCUGCUCUGUUCAACGCUACGUUGAAACUGGAGAGACCUGUGCCCGGAGAGCGACCCAUAUCACAGGUUAAGAAGAUCCUGAUCUAUGGUGGAACAUCCAGUAUCGGCAGCAUGGCUGUGCAAUACCUCACUCAAGCUGGGUACCAUGUUGUCACGACCUUUUCUCCAAAGCACAAGGACUUUGUGUCCAAACUUGGCGCCUCUGCGAUCAUCGAUCAUACUCAAGAAUCCGAGGGACUGAUCAAGGAGCUCACCACUGCUGGACCCUAUGACAUUGUUGUCGAUACAAUUUCGAGUGGUGACACGGUCAAACUCAAUGCCCAAGUCGUCGCAGCUCAGGGCGGCGAUUCUGUUUACGCUUUGCAGCCAGCCUUUGGUCCCGAAACUCUACCUGCUGGUAUUACCCGCAAGUUUGAGGGGUGGUCUCUGCUUUUAGGCAAGGAGGAAAAUGAAGAGCUGCUGAAGUGGACUUUCGAUACAUAUUUCCCCAAGGCUCUUGAGACCAGUAGUCUGGUGUCAGUGCCUGCGAAAAAGAUUCCCGGUGGACUUGGUGGAUUGAAUAAUGCCCUGGAUUUGUUGUUCUUUAAGGGUGUUAGCAGUGAGAAGGUUGUCGUGGAUCUUCGCGAUUGA